AUGUUUUUUUCUCUUUUUGAAGCCUGGCUUGCUAUCAAACCUAUUGUAACUCAUCUUAGAGUUUUUGAUUGUGUCUGUGAUGCCAAGAUACCGGAUGCCAAGAGAAGCAAGCUUGAUGAAAAAUCUAUGAUUGCAGUUCAUCUUGACUAUAAUGGGGUCUUAAAAGGCUACAAGUUACUAUAUGUCAAGACAAGGAAGCUGAUUAACACUAGUAUAGUUGAAGCUGUUUUAAACAAAGAUGUUAUAGCAAAUGUUAUGUCUGAUACUGAAGAAGACAUGGCACUUGAUAAAAAUGUUAAUGAAGUUCCUGUCAGAGAAACACCAUCACUUCAAGAUGUGUAUCAUAGAUGCCAUGUAGCCAUCACCGAACCAAGUUGUUGUUUGGAAGCUACUUCAAAUGAGCACUAUAAGCAGGCAAUGAAGGCUAAAAUGAUAAUGAUAAAGAAGAACAACACCAUGACUUUAGUUGAUGGACCAAAGAAUUAG